AUGAAGCCAGGCUUCUCCUGCCUGUUGGUCAUCCUGGGCCUCCUCCACUCAGCUAUCAUGAGUGUUUGGGGGAUCACCACCACCUUCCCCUCCUUCCCCACCCCUGUCUCCUUCCCUACCUCCAACUUCAGCUCCAGCUACCCCUCUGACUCUGCCUGGUCCACCUCCAGCUCCAAGUCCCAGUCAUUUUCCAACUUCACUGGCAACAGAGAUGACCGUGGGGUCUGCCAGUGCUCUGUUAUCCUGCCGGACAACACCUUUCCUGCGGUGAGAGUGGAACGCCUGGAAAUCACAGCUCAGACCAUCUCCAAGAAGUUCGAGAAAGAGCUUUCUAAAGUAAAGGAGUAUGUCCAAUUAAUCAGCAAGUAUGAAGAGAAACUCUUAAACCUAACUGUCCGAGUAUCGAUCAUGGAGGAAGAUCCCAUUUCUUACACUGAGCUGGACUUUGAGCUGAUCAAGAUGGAAGUGAAGGAGAUGGAGAAGCUGGUCAAGCAGCUGAAGGUCGGCUUUGCCGGAAGCACGGUGAUCAUUGACCAGCUGGAAGUGGAGAUCAGGAAUAUGACCAUCCUGGUAGGGCAGCUUGAGACGCUGGACAAAAACAAUGUCCUUGCCAUUCGCCGACAAAUCCUGGCUCUGAAGAACAGGCUCAAGGAAUGCGAGGAGGCCUCUAAGGAAGAAAAUCCGCCCCCGCCCCCUGCGCCAGGGAGCUGUGCACACGGCGGUGUGGUGAAUGUCAGCAAACCAGCUGUAGUUCAGCUCAACUGGCUAGGGUUUAGCUAUAAGUAUGGUGCCUGGGGUCUGGAUUACUCUCCCCAGCAUCCAGGCAAUGGAGUGUACUGGGUGGCACCUUUGAAUACAAAUGGGAGAACUUUGCAAUAUUAUAGACUCUACAAUACAAAGGAUGAUUUGCUGUUGUAUACAAAUGCCCGACAGAAUCAAAUUACCUAUGGCCAAGGCAGUGGUACAGUAGUUUAUAAGAACAACAUGUAUGUCAAUUGGUACAACACCCGGAAUAUGGCCAAAAUUAACCUGACCACCAACAGAGUUGUUUUGUCCCAAGCUCUCCCUAAUGCUGCCUAUAAUAACCGCUUUUCAUAUGCUAAUGUUGGUUGGCAAGAUAUGGACUUUGCUGUGGAUGAGAAUGGAUUGUGGGUGAUUUAUGCAACUGAAGCCAGCACUGGUAACAUCGUGAUUAGUAAACUCAAUGACACCACACUUGCGGUGCUAAACACUUGGCAUACCAAGCAGUAUAAACCAUCUGUUACUAACACGUUCAUGGUGUGUGGGGUUCUAUAUGCCACUCGCACUCUGAACACCAGAAUAGAAGAAAUUUUCUACUACUAUGACACAAACACAGGGCAAGAGGGCAGACUUAACAUCAUAAUGCAGAAGAUGCAGGAGAAUGUGCAAAGUAUUAACUAUCACCCUUUUGAGCAGAAACUUUUCGUCUAUAAUGAUGGUUACCUUCUGAAUUAUGAUCUUGUCUUCCAGCAGAUACCCCAGUAA